UCUUUGACGUCAUCGUGCUCAGCUGACUGAAGCUGCAGCUCAAAAACACUCAACUCUGGAGUGAAAUGUGACUGUUCUGUCGUUUUUCAGGCUUGCAACGACAAAGCUUUGCUCUCCAUAUAGUCACGUGGUCUGUAUGAGGCAUGUUGGGCUGAAGUUGAACCCAGUAGUUUACGUUAAUGUCAUUUUUAUAGCCGUUUUGAGUUAGCGUGAGCUGCCAUGCUCUGUCACAGACAUGAAGUGGAAAACUUUUACUCUGUUUGCUUUACUCCUCAACAUAACCGACACUUCAACAACUUCACAUGUCAUCACUGUUGAUGUGGAGAGACCAGUGGGAGACCUUAAACACUUCUGGAGAAGCACUGGUUUCUGCCCACCACUCCCUCACACGCAGGCUGACCAGUAUGACUUGAGCGCUGACCAGCAGCUGAACAUGGCUUAUGUGGGCUCAGUCCCUCAUGGAGGGAUCCAGCAGGUCAGGAUACACUGGAUGUUGGAGCUGGUCACUGCACAAGAUAUUGGAGGACAAACCCAGUACAACUUCACUAAACUCGACCAGCUGAUUGAUCUCUUGUGGAUCAAUGGACUUCAACCAGGUUUUGAACUAAUGGGCAGUGUCUCCAACUACUUCACUGACUUGGAGGACAAAUCACAAGUGUUCGAGUGGAGGAAUCUGAUUUAUCUUAUAGCUAAGAGGUACAUCGAUAAGUAUGGCCUGGGACCUGUUUCUCAGUGGAACUUUGAAACAUGGAACGAGCCAAAUAACCAUGACUUUGAUAAUGUCUCUGUAUCAAUACAAGGCUUUUUAAACUACUACGAUGCCUGUUCGGAGGGUCUGCAUGCUGCCAGUGGUCUCCUGAGGUUUGGGGGUCCAGGAGACUCCUGUCACUCCUCCCCUCACUCACCGUACUGCUGGGCCAUGCUGCAGCACUGCUACAACGGCACCAACUACUUCACAGGAGAGACAGGGAUCAGGAUCGAUUACAUCGCCCUGCACAAGAAGGGAGGAGGUUACUCCUUGCCCAUCCUCCAACAGGAGGUGCAGACAGUGAAGGAGAUCCAGGAGCGUUUCCCUCGGUUCAGCAGCCUCCCUGUUUACAACGACGAGGCCGAUCCUCUGGUGGGCUGGUCCAGGCCUCAGGAGUGGAGGGCAGAUGUAACCUAUGCUGCGAUGGUGGUGAAGGUCAUACACCAGCACCAGGAGCUUCUGCUCUCUGACCCCAACAGCAGCAUCAACUACACCCUGCUGAGCAACGACAACGCCUUCCUCAGCUACCACCCACACCAAUUCACCCAGCGCACCCUGACUGCCCGCUUCCAGGUCAACAACACCCAACCACCUCACGUGCAGCUGAUCAGGAAGCCUGUCCUCACUGUUAUGGGCCUGCUGGCUCUGCUAGGGGAGACUCAGGUCUUGGCUCAGGUUCAGAGCUCAUCAGGAACAAACGGCAGCACAGUGGGCGUUCUUGCCAGCAGCCAUAGUCCUCUAAAACCUGGGAACUCAGACAGCUGGCAGACAGCCGUGCUAGUUUACAACAGUGACGACAACAGCUCCUCCACCAACACUGAUGAUGUCACUGUGUCACUGAGAGGACUGGCUGCACAGAAGGGUCUUGUGUAUGUCACAUAUUAUAUGGACAACAAUGUAAGCAACCCAUACCAGCUGUGGCAGAGCAUGAGUAGCCCUGACUUCCCCACAGCACAGCAGUUCAGACGCAUCAGGAGUGUUCAGGACCCUCAUGUUGAUGGACCCUGGAAGGUUCCUGCAGGAGACACUCUGACUCUGAAAGCCAAACUUUCCGUGCCCUCAGUCCUCCUCAUUCAUGUUUGUGCCAAGCCCAAAGCCAUGCCCGACCAGGUCAAUGGAUUACGCUUCACCAGGCUCACUAAAGGUCAAGUCCUGAUCACCUGGUCAGACCACUGUGUUGAUUCCAAAUGCAUUAAGACAUUUGAAGUCGAAUUCUCCACAGACCACAAAGACUUCAGCAGAAUCAAUACUCUGGAUACCAUUUUUACUUCUUAUGUUUUUUCACCUGUGGAUCAGGAGGUCGGAGGUGUGUACAGAGUCCGAGCUGUAGACUACUGGGGAAGACCAGGGCCAUACUCGCUGCCAGAGAGGUAUUCAGAGGAGCUCUAGACCAAGGCCAAGAGAUGCAGGAUGUCGACCCACAUCAAGUGUCUUAAUAGUUUUGUACAAUGUAAAUACAUUUGACAGCAAAUACUGUGCUGCUGCUGCUGAUGAUGAUGAUGAGUACAUGUGUGAUCAGUCAUUAACUGAACACACAGCUACAGAGAUGGUUACAAUCAGAACAGCGUAUAUUAUAGUUUGAUUUAUUUUUUUACAAUCUUUAAUACGUUUUGAAUUUUUUAAUUAUUUUAACUUUUUAAAAAUGUCUCAGAUUUUUAUGAUUGUUUGCAAAUAAGAUAAGUAAACUUUUUCACCAGUCUGA